AUGUCAUCCAAGCAUAGGAUUGAUCUUGGUGGUGAUCGGAAUCGUGAUCGUGAAAGAGACCGUGAUCGUGACCGUGAUAGAGAUCGCGAUCGUGAAAGAAAAAGAGAUAGAAAAAGGUCCCGUUCUCGUUCACCAGGAAAGUCCAGCAAGGGACACAGAAGGUUUUUUACAUGUGAAUCUGUUGUUAAAUUAGUGUUUAGAUCUCGUUCACGGUCCCCCAAGAAGGAGACGGAAAUCAAGAAAGAACCUACAAUAAGUAAUCCAUUGAAUGGCCAGGCCUACAGUCAAAAGUUUUGGACAAUAUUUGAGAAACGAAAAACUUUGCCUGUAUGGGAAUACAAAGAAAAAUUCUUUGAAACGCUCCGUAAUAAUCAGUGUAUAACAUUGGUAGGAGAGACAGGUUCUGGAAAAACAACUCAAAUACCUCAAUGGUGUGUUGAGUACGCUCGUGCUCAUCCUACGCAAGGAAGAAGAAACAUGGUUGCUUGUACCCAACCAAGAAGGGUAGCUGCUAUGUCAGUUGCUACGAGAGUAGCUGAGGAGAUGGAUGUUCAACUUGGGGCCGAAGUCGGUUAUUCUAUCCGUUUUGAAGAUAUGAUGAGUGAUAAGACUGUAUUGAAGUACUGUACUGACGGUAUGCUUCUGAGAGAAGCGAUGAAUUGCCCUCUUCUAGAUAAUUAUAACGUUAUUAUCCUCGACGAAGCUCAUGAGAGAACUUUGUCAACGGAUAUCCUUAUGGGUUUAAUCAAGGAAAUUGUGAAACAAAGAACUGAUAUCAAGAUUGUUAUUAUGUCUGCUACACUUGAUGCUGGAAAAUUCCAAAAUUAUUUCGAGGACUGUCCUUUGAUGACUGUCCCCGGUAGAACAUUCCCUGUUGAAAUCUUUUUCACUCCUGAACCAGAAAAAGAUUAUCUUGAAGCUGCCAUUCGCACUGUCGUUCAAAUUCAUGUUUGCGAAGAGGUCGAAGGAGAUCUACUCCUAUUCUUGACUGGACAAGAGGAAAUCGAAGAAGCAUGUAAAAGAAUAAAACGGGAGAUUGAUAAUUUAGGGCCCGAUGUUGGAUCUCUUAACUGCAUUCCAUUGUAUUCUACUCUUCCGCCUAAUAUGCAACAAAGAAUUUUCGAUAGUGCUCCUCCUAGAAAACCAAAUGGAGCUUUUGGUAGAAAGUGUGUCGUAUCUACUAACAUCGCCGAAACUUCUUUGACCAUUGACGGAGUUGUGUUUGUGAUUGAUCCUGGAUUCUCUAAACAGAAAGUAUAUAACCCCAGAAUUCGUGUAGAAUCCCUCUUGGUUUGUCCUAUUUCCAAGGCUUCCGCUAUGCAAAGAGCUGGAAGAGCUGGAAGAACUCGACCAGGAAAAUGCUUCCGAUUGUAUACAGACAAGGCAUUCCAAAACGAAAUGCAAGACCAAACAUACCCCGAAAUUUUGAGAUCAAAUCUUGGGGCCGUUGUUUUACAGCUCAAAAAACUUGGAAUUGAAGACUUGGUUCAUUUCGAUUUCAUGGAUCCUCCAGCACCCGAAACUUUAAUGAGAGCCUUGGAACUUCUCAAUUAUCUUGGAGCUAUAAAUGACGAAGGAGAGUUGACAGAGCUGGGAUCAUUAAUGGCCGAAUUCCCUCUUGAUCCGCAAUUAGCCAAGAUGUUAAUCACUUCUUCCGAGUUGAACUGUUCGAAUGAAAUUCUCUCUAUCACAGCCAUGUUAUCAGUUCCUCAAUUCUUUGUUCGUCCUAAUGAUAUGAAAAAGGAAGCCGAUGAAGCCAAACGAGGAUUUGCCCACAUUGAUGGAGAUCAUUUGACAAUGUUGAAUGUCUAUCACGCUUUCAAACAAAACAACGAGGAACCCCAAUGGUGUUUCGACCAUUUCGUCAAUUAUCGUUCACUCAAAACUGCCGAUACUGUUCGUACCCAACUAGGUCGUAUAAUGGAUAAGUUCAAACUUCGACGUGUUUCGACUGAUUUCAAAUCGAAAGACUAUUACAUUAAUAUUCGUAAAGCGCUGGUUGCUGGGUUCUUCAUGCAAAUUGCUCACUUGGAAAGAAGUGGCCAUUACGUUACUGUAAAAGAUAACCAGCUUGUCAAUUUACAUCCAUCAACUGUCUUAGAUCAUAAACCUGAGUGGGCACUCUAUAACGAGUUCGUACUUACGACUAAAAAUUUCAUUCGUACCGUAACCGACAUUCGACCAGAAUGGUUGAUGGGAAUAGCUCCACAAUACUAUGAUCUCUCCAACUUCCCUGAUGGUGACACGAAAAGGAAGUUGGCAAUGGUUGCCCAUGUCCAAUCUCGUUAA